UGAAGUUAUCGGUACUAGUGUUGGCCCUGUGGGUUCCCACGAUUUUUUCUCAAAGUGAUUGGUGGCAAACAGGACAAUUCUACCAGAUUUAUCCUCGUUCAUUUAAAGAUUCAAAUGGGGAUGGUAUUGGAGACCUUAAUGGAAUCCGAGAAAAACUUUCCUACUUGAAGGAUAUAGGGAUCACGGCUGUAUGGCUUUCUCCUAUAUAUAAAUCACCAAUGAAGGAUUUCGGUUAUGACAUUGCCGACUAUAAAGACAUUCAACCAGAAUACGGAACUAUGGCGGACUUCGAUGCGCUUCUGAAAAGAGCAAAUGAACUUGGUAUAAAGUUGAUAAUGGAUUUAGUCCCCGACUAUACAAGUGAUUUGCUUGACUGGUUCCAAAAGUCUGUGAAUCGAGUUAAAGGGUAUGAGGAUUUCUAUAUAUGGCAUGACGGUUAUCCAGAUCCUAAGAACUCCUCUAAUAGGCUUCCACCUAACAAUUGGUUAUCGGUAUUUCGUGGAAGCGCCUGGAAAUGGAACACAAAGCGCCAACAAUUUUAUCUUCACCAGUUCUUAGCUGAACAACCAGAACUAAACUAUCGCAAUCCGCUUGUACUCGAAGCUAUGAAAGAUGUCCUCACUUUUUGGCUUGAUAAAGGUGUAGCUGGAUUUCGCGUGGAUUCGGUUCCAUAUAUUUACGAAGUGCGACCCGACAGUAAAGGAAGAUAUCCAGAUGAGCCAAAAAGUGGUUCCACCGACGACCCGGACAAUUUCGACUAUCUGAAACAUAUUUUCACACAAGAUCAACCCGAAACUAUCGAGUUUGUCUAUCUAAUUCGAGCUUUUCUCGACGAAUAUAAACGAAAACAUGGUGGCGAUACAAGAGUAUUUCUAGCUGAAACUUAUUCACCAAUUAAGAUAAUAAUGCAGUAUUAUGGAAAUGAAACCCAUAAUGGUGCACACAUCCCAUUCAAUUUCAAUUUCGUCAAGCGAGCUAAUGCAACAUCUAAAGCACCAGACUACGCUGCAAUUAUAUCCCUAUGGAUGGACAACAUGCCGAAGCAGUACACUGCCAAUUGGGUGAUUGGAAACCACGACAACCGGCGAGUGGGAAGUCGCUACGGACCUGGAAUGAUUGAUGCCAUGAACAUGCUGCUUAUGCUAUUGCCCGGAGCUAGUGUCACAUACAACGGUGAAGAAAUAGGAAUGCUAGAUGUUGAUAUAUCGUGGAAGGAUACGGUUGAUCCGGCUGCAUGCAAUUCAAAUCCUCAAAUUUAUCAACAAUUUACACGGGAUCCGGAGAGGACACCUUUCCAAUGGGACGAUUCGAAAAAUGCAGGAUUCUCAACGGGUAACAAAACAUGGCUUCCCAUUCACCCCAACUAUAGAGAAGUCAAUGUUAAGGUUCAGCAAGCCGCGGCAAGGAGCCACCUAAAAGUCUUCAAGGACUUAAUACAACUUCGACAAACAUCCAAAACACUACAACGUGGUGAACUCAAAUAUAAGGCACUGAACGAUAAUGUACUUGCUGUCCAAAGGAGCUUAUCAGGAUCAAAUACAAUACUCUUGUUGAUGAAUGUGUCAGACAAGUCCCAGACUGUCUAUGUGCAACAAUGGUCAGCCACAAUACCUGCAUCUAUGAAGGUUCGAAUCGCUUCUGUGCAGUCGAAAAGAAAUGCCAAUGAAACCCUGAAGGUAUCAUCAAUCACUCUUGAUCCCUAUGAAUCAUUGGUUUUGGAAUAGUCGCUUUCGGCAUAUGUAACUUCUAAAAAUAUUCUAAUAAAUAUAUAUGAAC